CUUCGCCAGCUGGCUUCAGCACCAUUAUCUUUCGAUCGUUCGCUCAGGUACUGUAGCUAAGGUUAGGUAGCCUAGCAACCUGCUGCAAGCAGGCGAGUUUGACAACUUCUGCAGAAAAUAUCAAACCAACGUUUGUGUUGCGCCGGAUGCAGCGGAAGGCUGCUGUGGUUCGCCGUGUCGUCUGGUCUACUUAGGUAGUCAGAAGAAAGCACAAGGAAAAACUAAAGUCAAACAACAUCAAGCCGAUCCGGAAGCCAGGGACAAUCCUUUCCUCGAUCCCCGGAUAGGCCGCCGGUCUUUUGUCGACCGAGCGCGCACUCUUCGCCUCUGGGCUCAAAAAUUUACCAACACUGAGGUUUACAAUGCUGUCCUUUUGGCCAUGGAGGGGUGAUAACUCCUCAACCGCCUCCUUCGAAAAGGCUCUCUCCUCGCUAUCGGCCAAGAUCAACGCUACCCAGGCACAGCUCGACCGCACCCGAUCGACCGCUCGUCGCGUCCAGGUCCUCUGGUCGCUGUAUUUGUCCUUCGCCUACCUUAUCUACGCUAUCGUCCUCGUCCUCGUUGUUGGUUGGACGAACUUGGGCCCGUAUGAGUGGAGUGGUGUUGCUGGAGGUCCCGUGCUCAUCUAUGUCACGCGAACCGCCCUCUCGGCGUUUUUCAACUAUCGUAUCGACAGCCUGAGCACUCGCCUCAAGGGCCAGAAAGAGGAGCGCGCUAAAACCGUCCAGAAGCUCAAGGAAGCAACCAAGUACGACUCGACUUUGGAACUUCUCGAGAAAUACGGCGGGGAACCGAAACGUCCACGGGGAAAGAAGGGCUCCAUCGGUGGCGAGGAUGGCGGCGACAAACAAGGCGAGGGCAGCAAACAGCCCACGCGCCCCGGAUCCGCAAACCCCGGACGUACAGGAAUAGCACCGCCGCCAACGGCCAAUAUCCAGCGUAGGUCAGCCCCCAGCACGCCGCAGCCUCCCCGCGCGGCGCAGUUCCCUCCUCCCAGGGAGGUCUCGGCCGAGUUCGCGCCCAAUGCGUUCGGCCCAGGAGGCCCACCCGACUCGCCGGCAACGAUGGGCAGUGCGCAGUACGCCCCCCUGCCCCCCAGCGCCGGCAGCGAGCCACACUGGUACGACCGCAUCAUGGACUUGCUGCUGGGCGACGACGAGAUGGCGGCCAAGAACCGCAUCGUGCUGAUCUGCGCGCACUGCCGCCUGGUCAAUGGCCAGGCGCCGCCGGGGGUCAAGACCCUUGCCGACGUUGGCAGGUGGCGUUGCAUGGGCUGCAGGGCCGAGAAUGGCGAGGACAAGGUCGACGAGUGUAAGCGUCUCGUCAAGGAGGUCCUGGCCGCCCGGUCCGGAAGUGACGCCGGCGAUCAGGUCGAAGCGAGUGCCGAGUUCAAGUCGGACAGUGAUGGUGACUCGAGCGAUAUCGUGCAGAUCGAUAGGGAGAUGGCCGAGGCCGAGGAAUCCAAAGGUGCGACGAAGCGCAAGGGCAAGGGAAAGAAGUAGAGGUGGUUUGCCACACGCCCGGUUUCUUUUGUCCAGUUUAGGUUACUCAGGAGGUUAUAAGGUGCAAGCGGUCAUGUUAUAUGGUGGUGGGAUUUUUUAAUGUUGUUUUUAUCACAGCCGGGCAGAUAGAAAACGUUAGUGUGAAGGAGAACUGUAUCGAAUAUAAUCUUCUUUGUCAUUUGCGAUGGGUGUUGGUAGGGUUUGCGCCAGGCAGGACCCUCUUUACAGUCAGUCUGUGAGGGAUUUACUACAUGUGCAAACAGCACUAGAAGCCCAAAGUUUUCUGCGC